CGGCAGAGGCAGCAGCUCCUUUGAUAAGCAGCUUCCUGAACACUUUCAAACCGUGGUGUUAGACCAACACACGCGGUGCCUGCGGGCCUGUGCCGGGACCGACGGAGCCCACGCCGCGGGGCAGCAGCCACUUCUCCUGUGAUGGCUCCUUGAUUCCUCUGGAGCUGAGGGUCCCCCACGUCUACUCCCUGUGCUUCAGGACAAGGGCUUUGUGGAUGCCGCAGCAUGGUACAAGCCUGCUUGGUGUGCUCCAGAUUUCAUAACGGCAGCCUGACAGCCCAGGCAGCUGAGGCAGACAUGGACAAGACAGACAAGCCCAGUCCCUCUGCCAAGAAGCAUGUGCGUCUUCAGGAGAGGAGGGGCUCCAACGUGUCACUGAUGCUGGACAUGAGUUCGUUGGGGAGCGUGGAGCCCAUCCAGCCCGUCUGUACGCCUCGGGACAUCACGCUGAAGUUCCUGAGGACGUCCAGCCACGUGCUGAGGAGAGAGGAGCUCCAGCAAAGCGCCCAGAGCCUGACACAGCUCCAGGAGGAGUUUUCGAAAAUCCCACCCAACUUCGUCAGUCCGGAGGAGCUGGAGAUCCCUGGACAUGCCUCCAAGGACAGAUACAAAACCAUCCUCCCCAAUCCUGAGAGCCGGGUCUGUCUCAGGAGGGCAGGGAACCAGGAGGAAGACAGCUACAUAAAUGCCAACUACAUCACGAAAUGUGUCCACUACUGGCCCGAGAAGGAGGGCACCUACGGCCCCUUCUGCAUCUGUGUGCAGGGGGUGAGCGAGUGCGUGGAGUACGUGGUCCGGGAUCUCUCCAUCCAGCUUGAAGGUGAAUGCCGCCAGGUCAAACACAUCCUCUUUCCUUCCUGGCCGGACCAGCAGACACCCGAGUCAGCCAAGCCCCUGCUGCACUUGGUGUCCAAGGUGGAAGAAACUCUGCAGGCUGCAGCCAGCCCAGGGCCCAUCGUUGUGCAUUGCAGCGCCGGCAUCGGCCGGACGGGCUGCUUUAUCGCUACCAGGAUCGGGUGCCAGGAGCUGAAGGACAAGGGGGAGGUGGAUAUCCUGGGAAUCGUGUGCCGUCUCCGCAUGGACAGGUGGGUGCUCAGAGCAGGCUGCUCCUUGGAGGGUCCUGCUGGCUCCCAAGCCUGGGAGAAGGGAUGUGGGAGGGAUGUGGGGACGAGUAUCGUGACAUGGGGACAAUUUUUCAUGGAAACCAGAAGGGUUGCUGAAAGAUGCAGAUGUGGUGACAGCAAACGAUUGCCCAGUGCCGGGAUGGUUUUGCUGUCAGGGCUAUUGUAGCUUUGGGGAACUGAGGACGUGAGGGAGAGGAGAGCAGCUGUGAACCUGGCAGCCGGUCUGCUCCUUUCAGCUCAGCCACUAAAUUCAUAAACACUCAAUUUUGCCAGUUUUCAGGGAGAAGUACCAGUAAAAAUGAGAGCCAGAUCAGUUGCUAAUGUGCAUUUUGAACAGCCCAGCAAUACUUCUGAGCCCAAAUACUAUCUGGGCAGCUCUGGUGCUUGUUUCAGAGGUACCUGGAUGUGGCGGGUGAAGUAGGACUAUUCGUGCUCUGGGACCAGGGAGCCGGGGACAGGGCUGUGGGCUUCAGCGAGGUGUCAGCAGGACCUGCCUUUCCCUUGCAGAGGCGGGAUGAUCCAGACGAGCGAGCAGUACCAGUUCCUCCAUCACACACUAGCGCUUUACGCUUCCCAGCUGCCGGAGGCGGGAGGCCACUAGUGCAGGGCUUCCACCGGGCUGCUGGCUCCCCGCUCCAACCUCUCCUGCACCAGACACGAGGAGACCUCCACCAAAACCCCUCCUGCUGCUGCUGACCCACAGAGCAGCAGCAUGAGCAUCCCUGGAUGAGCACAGCCAAGCAAACCUAUGGGGAUCGUGGCCUUGCGACCCUGGGGAUGAGCAGGGUUUGGCGGGUUCACAUGAGAGAUUCAGUGGGUGCUCAAGGUGGCCAUUGCUGCUGGCUCGAGGCAGAUUUCACCCCUGGAAAGAAGCUUUGGCUUUCAAAAUGUGCAACGUUUUAUCUUCAACCAGAAGAGCAAGCUGUGUGGAGGAACUGAAGCUGGGUGAGCAACAGGAGCACAGUUUGCCUUUUAGCUGCACAGAAAUGUUUACCCUGUUAGAUGCAGAGCUGGUACAAUUACCCUGCAAAUAAACAGAGCCUCUCUC